CCAAACGACCAGAAGACAAAAUUCCUCCAAAUACCGAAUAACCCUUCGCGUUAAAGCCCGACGAGAAGAAACAGAAAUAAAUAGCUGGGAAGUCGGCUCCGCAUGGGGAUCAAGCGGUGCGGAGAGGCGCUGGAAAUGCCGGCGCUGUUAUCUGGAGACGAAUUUCAGGCAGCUAUUCAAGCGCACUGAAUAAUAAUUAUUCCAGGAGUACAACAAAAAUAACUGCAGCCUACCAAGAUCAAGCCCAUCUUCUACGUGCAAAAACAGCGUGCGGAGGACGGCCACAUCUCCGAUUGAAAACAAGUGGAUCUCUGUGGAUAAGAUCACCGGGCAGCCAUGGAAGAACUUACGGCUUUUGUAUCCAAAUCUUUUGACCAGAAAAGCAAAGAGAGCAGCAGCGGCAGUGGCAGCGGCAACAAGAAGGAGACGAUCACGUACAGGGAAGUUUUGGAGAGUGGGUUGGCUCGCUCUAGGGAGCUUGGAAACUCUGAUUCUAACCUGCAGGACAUGACCGAGAGCAGCAACCAUUGCCCGGUGCAUCUUUUCAAAGACCACGUAGAGAGCGACAAGGACAAACUGAAGGAGUUCAACACGGGCAGGACAGCGGAAGGGAUCUACGAAUGCAAAGAGAAGAGGGAAGAUGUGAAGUCAGAAGAUGAAGACGGACAGACCAAGCUUAAACAAAGGAGAAGCAGAACCAAUUUCACACUAGAGCAGCUGAACGAGCUGGAAAGACUUUUUGAUGAGACUCACUAUCCGGAUGCCUUCAUGAGGGAGGAACUAAGCCAGAGGCUGGGACUAUCUGAAGCUAGGGUUCAGGUCUGGUUCCAGAACAGGAGAGCAAAGUGCCGAAAGCAGGAAAACCAGAUGCACAAAGGUGUGAUCCUGGGAACCGCCAGCCAUUUAGACGCCUGCAGAGUAGCCCCCUAUGUGAAUAUGGGAGCCCUGAGGAUGCCUUUCCAACAGGUCCAGGCGCAGCUGCAGCUGGAGGGCGUGGCCCACGCGCACCCGCACCUGCACCCGCACCUGGCGGCCCACGCGCCCUACCUGAUGUUCCCGCCGCCGCCCUUCGGGCUGCCCAUCGCCUCCCUGGCGGAGUCCGCCUCCGCCGCCGCCGUGGUGGCCGCCGCCGCCAAGAGCAACAGCAAGAACUCCAGCAUCGCCGACCUGCGGCUGAAGGCCCGGAAGCACGCCGAGGCCCUGGGGCUCUGACACGCUUCCCCCGGGCCCCCCAUCACACCCCGCCCCGGGUGCCCGCGGCGGGCGGGCGUGUGACCCGCACGGACCGCCGCUCUGCCCCUCCGCUCCUCCUCAUCCUCCUCCUCCCUGGCCGCAGGGCGAGCAGCGAGCGCUCCGGCCGCCCUGCCGCCUUAUCUCUUUUUUAUUUUAUUUUGGUUGUUUUUUGUUUUGUUUUUAUUUCUUUCCCCUCCCCCGAGGUCUGCGAGCGCCGCUGUGCUCGCCCGCUCGGCCCCAGGGACUCGGCGGCCGGGAGGUGCCGCGUGGCGCGGUGGGGACGCUCCGCCCGCCGCGGGCCCCCGGACACGACACACGCGAGCAGCAAACACGCACCCGCCAGUCAGAGACUCCUCGGAGGACAAAGUAGGUGGGAGGAGAGAGAAAAGAGAGUUAAAAAAAAUAACACACACAAAAAGAGAAAAAAAAAAAAAAGAAAAAAGGAAACGAUCUCUAAAUUAUGUUAAUCUGUGAACAUUGGGGACACUUUGGAUUUUUGACCCUGGCAAAAGUGAUCGCUCCGGCAUAACGUCAUCUGCUGCUGUCAGUUUUGCUACCUUGUGCAUGUGUCAAACUAAACACGUUUUGAAGAUCAGAAAUAUAUUAGAACAAAACUAAACAAAACAAAUAGUAAUAAUAAUAAAUAAUAAAUCCUUGGGGCUGGUCUCCAUUAAAGAUGA